UCUCACUAGUUACAGUCCGAUCAUGGCGUCUUCAUCUUCUUCAACCUGCUCAGCAGACCUAGCCACAUACUUCGGCUCAAACACAACCGACCCAUCUCUCGCCGCCGCCUACAUCUGUAACCGUCUAGAUUCCUUCUCAAAUCGUUUCACCGACACAGCUUACGCCGUCGAUUCAACCUACCUUCUCUUCUCCGCAUACCUAGUUUUCUCAAUGCAACUAGGGUUUGCCAUGCUUUGCGCCGGUUCAGUCAGAGCAAAGAACACAAUGAACAUAAUGCUCACCAACGUUCUCGACGCCGCCGCCGGCGGUCUAUUCUAUUACUUAUUCGGUUUCGCCUUCGCUUUUGGAAACCCAUCAAACGAAUUCAUCGGUUUUCAUAACUUCGCCCUAAAUUCAAUCCCAUCUCAACAAUUUGAUUACAGCUAUUUUUUAUAUCAAUGGGCUUUUGCUAUCGCCGCCGCCGGAAUUACAAGUGGAUCUAUUGCUGAAAGAACUCAGUUUGUUGCUUAUUUGAUUUACUCAUCGUUCUUAACCGGAUUCGUUUAUCCUGUUGUUUCUCAUUGGUUUUGGUCUAGCAAUGGUUGGGCGUCUGCUUCGAAAACCGAUAACUUACUGUUCGGGUCGGGUGUGAUCGAUUUCGCCGGGUCGGGUGUAGUCCAUAUGGUCGGAGGAAUCGCGGGUUUAUAUGGGGCACUAAUCGAAGGGCCGAGGAUCGGUCGGUUCGAUCACACCGGCCGAUCCGUGGCCCUCCGAGGACACAGCGCGUCGUUAGUUGUCCUCGGGACUUUUCUUCUUUGGUUCGGUUGGUACGGGUUUAACCCGGGUUCGUUUACGAAAAUCCUGGUUAAUUACGAAACGGAUAUAACCCAUCGUUAUUAUGGGCAAUGGAGUGCUGUGGGUAGAACCGCAGUGACAACAACCCUAGCCGGAUCCACUGCUGCAUUAACUACACUAUUUGGUAAACGGUUACUUUCGGGUCAUUGGAAUGUAACCGACGUAUGUAACGGGUUACUGGGCGGGUUUGCGGCGAUUACGGCCGGGUGUUCGGUGGUUGAACCGUGGGCAGCUAUUAUAUGUGGGUUUGUGGCUUCAUUAGUUUUAAUUGGUUGUAAUAAAUUGGCGGAGCGGUUUAAGUAUGAUGACCCGCUUGAAGCGGCCCAACUUCACGGCGGGUGUGGGACGUGGGGUGUUUUGUUUACGGCGUUGUUUGCGAGUGAGAAGUAUGUUAACGAAGUUUAUAAACCGGGUCGGCCAUAUGGAUUGUUUAUGGGUGGCGGGUGGAGAUUGUUGGGUGCCCAUUUAAUUCAGAUAUUGGUUAUAUUCGGGUGGGUUAGUGUUACGAUGGGUCCGCUUUUCUGGAUUCUCAAUAAGUUGGAUCUUCUUCGGAUCUCGCCGGAAGAUGAGAUGGCGGGUAUGGAUCGGACUAGGCAUGGUGGGUUGGCUUAUGCGUAUAAGGAUGACGAAGAUGAUGAACCGCACGGUUUAGGGAUUCAAUUGGCUAAAAAUGGACCGGCCGGUUCAGUUUAGGGUUCUUCUUCUCUUCUUCUAAUAUAAUUAAUAUUAUUGGUAAAUCCGAAAUUCAUCCUUCUAAUUAUCUUUAUGUUUUUUUUUUUUUUGCUGAACUUAAUAUAUAGAAGACCCUAGUUAUAUUAUGUUAAUAUUCUAUUAUGGUUUAUUA